GCUCGGCGGCGCGCUCUUCCUGCUGCUCUUCGCGCUGGGGGUCCGCCAGCUGCUCAAGCAGAGGCGGCCGACGGGCUUCCCCCCGGGUCCGUCGGGGCUGCCAUUUAUCGGCAACAUCUACUCGCUGGCAGCCUCAGCCGAGCUCCCCCAUGUCUACAUGAGGAAGCAGAGCCAGGUGUACGGCGAGAUCUUCAGUUUAGAUCUCGGAGGUAUAUCAACUGUGGUUCUAAAUGGCUAUGACGUAGUAAAGGAAUGCCUUGUUCAUCAAAGUGAAAUUUUUGCAGACAGACCAUGCCUGCCUUUAUUCAUGAAGAUGACAAAAAUGGGAGGCUUACUCAAUUCCAAAUAUGGCCGAGGAUGGGUUGAUCACAGAAGAUUAGCUGUGAACAGCUUUCGCUACUUUGGAUACGGCCAAAAGUCAUUUGAAUCUAAAAUUUUAGAAGAAACCAAAUUUUUCAUUGAUGCUAUUGAGACAUACAAAGAUAGACCUUUUGACUUGAAACAAUUAAUAACAAAUGCUGUUUCAAACAUAACCAAUCUGAUCAUUUUCGGAGAACGGUUCUCUUACGAAGACACCGAUUUCCAGCACAUGAUUGAAUUGUUCAGUGAAAACGUGGAGCUGGCUGCCAGCGCCUCCGUCUUCCUGUAUAAUGCCUUUCCGUGGGUUGGUAUCUUACCUUUCGGAAAACAUCAGCAGCUCUUCCGAAAUGCUGCUGUGGUCUACGAUUUUCUCUCCAGGCUUAUUGAAAAAGCUUCUCUUAACAGAAAGCCUCAGUUACCUCAGCAUUUUGUCGACGCUUAUUUAGAUGAGAUGGAUCAGAGUAAAAAUGACCCGUCAUCUACUUUCUCCAAAGAAAACCUAAUUUUCUCCGUGGGUGAGCUCAUCAUUGCUGGGACAGAAACUACAACCAACGUGCUACGGUGGGCAAUUCUUUUCAUGGCCCUUUAUCCUAACAUUCAAGGACAAGUUCAGAAAGAGAUUGAUUUAAUUAUGGGACCCAGUGGGAAGCCUUCUUGGGACGACAAGUGCAAAAUGCCUUAUACUGAGGCAGUUUUGCAUGAAGUUUUAAGAUUCUGUAAUAUAGUGCCAUUAGGGAUUUUCCAUGCAACCUCUGAAGAUGCAGUUGUACGUGGUUACUCUAUUCCUAAAGGCACAACAGUAAUUACAAAUCUUUAUUCUGUACACUUCGAUGAAAAGUACUGGAGAGACCCAGAAAUAUUCUACCCUGAGCGAUUUCUGGACAGCAGUGGAUAUUUUUCCAAGAAAGAAGCUUUGGUUCCUUUCUCCCUAGGAAGAAGACACUGUCUUGGAGAACAGCUCGCUCGGAUGGAAAUGUUCCUGUUUUUCACAGCACUGCUUCAGCGGUUUCACUUGCAUUUUCCACAUGAGCUGGUUCCAAACCUGAAGCCCAGGUUAGGCAUGACCUUGCAGCCCCAGCCCUACCUUAUCUGUGUGGAGAGACGCUGAAAAUGCACAGAUGCCUUGUGGGACAGGGCUGUAUGUUCAUCUCACCCCCUGAACCCUAAUUCUUAGGAAUAUCUUCUGCAGAUAAAUUUGAACACAUAAUGAAGGGACAUAAGUGUCAAGUUAUUCACUGAUGUACUUAUUAUAAUAACAAAGCAAAACAAAACAAAAAAGCUGCUGUAACAACACAUAUCUAUCAACAGAGGAAUGGUAGAAUAAACUAUGGGAUACCCUGCAGUAGAAUAUUACACAGCUCCAUAAAGAAUGAGGACGUUUUCUGUGUAGUGAUAUGAAGCGAUCUCCAGGAUAAAUCAUGUUAAAAAACAACAAUAAAAAAGGAAAACCUACAUACAGAACGUGGUAGCCAGCUUCCAAAAAUACCCUCAAUGAUCUUCACCUGGUAUACACAACCUUGUGAAUCGGGGCUGGUGUGUGUGACCAGUAGAAUGUGGUGGUGGUGAUGUAUGACUUCUAAGGCUUGUCUAGAGGCAUUGUAGCUUUUCACCUUGGUCUCUUUGAGUGAUCAUUCUAGGGGAAGCCAGUCACCACGCCAUGAUGACACCCAAGCAGUCCUGUGGAGAAGCCCACAUGGAGAGAAACUGAGGCCUCCCACAAAUCGCCAAGAUCAAUUUGCCAACCAUGUAAUGAGCCACCUUGGAGGUAGAUUUUCCUUAAACCUUUACAUGACUGCAGCUAGCAUUUGAUUGCGAUCUCAUAAGACAUCCUGAGCAAGAACUGCUCAGCCAAGCCAUUUCUAAAUUCCUUUCUCACAAAAACCACGAUAAAUGAUUACUACCAGUAUAUUUUGAGUGAUUUCUUAGAGAGCAUAAAAUAUGUAUAAAAUAUGUUCCCUUUUUGUAUGACAUGGGGAAGAAGAAAGUAUGUGUAUAAAUACACAUAUGCACUUAUAUUUGAAUAAAAAGCACUAGCUAGAUUAAUGUGAAACUAAUGAAAAUGGUGAUUUCUGAGAGACUGAGAAAAGAGUAGAAGUGAGACAUCUUAGUGUGUUUGUCUUUCAUUCAUUAAAAUUUUGAUUAUAUACCA